AUGGCUGUAAUGGAAAUGUCAGCCAAUAUCAGAUUGGAAGUAAAAAAAGAAGUGUCAUGGCGUUACUCAUUGUAUAUAUAUUUUAAAUGAUUAUGUGACUGUUUGUUGAUAGUAGUAGUAGAAAUAAUUUUUCCUGAAAUAGUCAAGCUUGAGGUAUUGAUCCUAAUGCCAUGAGUUCUCAGCAGAGCCCAGCAACUUUGCAGGCGGUCGAUCGUGACAAAAUCUACCAGUGGAUAGUGGAGCUGUCUAACCCAGAUACCAGGGAGAAUGCUCUACUGGAACUCAGCAAGAAGAGAGAGGUGGUGGCAGACCUGGCGCCCAUGCUGUGGCACUCAUUCGGCACGAUGGCAGCCCUUCUACAGGAGAUAGUGAACAUCUAUCCGGCCAUCAACCCUGCCACGCUCACUGCGCACCAGUCCAACCGCGUCUGCAACGCCCUGGCGCUCCUGCAGUGCGUCGCCUCGCACCCAGAGACACGCUCGGCCUUCCUGCAAGCGCACAUCCCCCUCUUCCUCUAUCCCUUCCUGCACACCGUCAGCAAGACCCGCCCCUUCGAGUUCCUGCGCCUCACCAGCCUGGGCGUCAUCGGAGCCCUCGUCAAGACAGACGAGCAGGAAGUGAUCACAUUUCUGCUGACCACAGAGAUCAUCCCAUUGUGCCUACGUAUAAUGGAGAGUGGUUCUGAGCUUUCCAAGACAGUUGCCACCUUCAUAUUGCAGAAGAUCCUCUUGGAUGACAGUGGCUUAUCCUACAUUUGCCAAACAUACGACAGAUUCUCUCACGUUGCCAUGAUAUUGGGUAAAAUGGUGCUUGCAUUAGCAAAAGAGAAUUCUACACGACUGCUUAAGCAUGUAGUGCGGUGCUACCUUAGGCUCUCAGAUAAUCCUCGGGCGCGAGAGGCACUGCGCCAGUGCCUGCCCGACCAGCUGCGAGACGGCACGUUCGCCAACUGCCUGCAGGACGACAAGUCCACGAAGCACUGGGUGUCACAGCUGCUGAAGAACCUGGAGACUGGUCCGGUGGCCCUUAUGGACCCGCACGCCGUGGGCAUGUCGCCCCUGGCGCCCCAGUGACGCCUCGUGCCCUCCGAGCACUUGCGAUCACAGACAUUUGCCGAUCAUCAACUUGCGUUGUGAACAGUUGUGCUGUUUUAGAUUUCGUAUGAACCAUCAGUUGCAUCAUGUACAUAAUUAUAUAUAUCAUUACUUUAAUAUA